AUGGUUGAUUUAUUACCUUUAGCAAUUGACGGACAAUAUGAAACUGAUGAAACAAAUUGUAAAUAUUGGCCAUGUAAUAAUAUUUACACACGAUGUAACAAAGUAUGGAAUUGUAAAAAUGGAGUCGAUGAAAUGUCUUGUUCACAUACCAUUAGUUCUUUAUCUCGAAAUCAGUGUGUAUUUCUCAAUGAUACGUUAAGUCUCUCAUGUUCAUCAAUCAAUCGAACUAAUGAACAAAAAAAUUAUUUUGUACAUCGGUCGACCGAUUCUUUCGAAUAUCUUCAUUGUUGGAAUGAUACAAAGUCUAUUCCAUUUGAUAUACAUUGCGCGCCAACAUUGAAAUGUCCAGUUGAAAAUGCCAAACCAUUUUGUAGUAUUUUGAGCACUGUAACCAAUCCAUUAUGUAGUUAUUUAUCGGAUGCCGGUAUUCAAUACAAAGAUAGAUUUAUUUGUUCUGCAAGUUAUUCAGAUAACACUCAAUCACGAAUAUAUUUCAAAUUACACAGCAUGUUAAAUUAUCAUUUACAAAUAACUGAUGCCCAUACUUCAAAUCAAUGA